UAUUGCCCAACAUCGCAACUUCUUGCGAUAAAAGAGAUAACAACAACACUUAAAAAGAUAUGCACUGUAGUUUAUUUAAUGAUAAAUAAUGAGUUGUUUGCCAAUUUAAAAUACACAGAACUGAGCAGACUUCAAAUUCAAGUAGAAGAGAGAUUCACUGAAGACACAGGUCAGAAAUGUCCUACUACUAUCAAACAGAUCCCUAUCAAAGCUAUGAAGAAUAUGAUCCUCAAAAUGGACCAUAUUACCCUCCUCCAAUGCACAUGCCUCCUCCUCCUUUUUUCCAAACACCCUCUCCUGGUCAAUUUUAUGUUCCUAACAUGAACAGUUUUCCUCCUCAAAAUUACAUCCAGGGUGGGGAGUUUGUUAAUUCUGAAAUUAGACCACAGUCAACCGGAGGAAAUUCUUAUCAUGAAAAUGAUGAAGGUAAACAAAAUAGGCCAUACUCCCAGCAAGGUAGUUCUAAAGAGUAUCGCACACAGUCCGGCAGAGGUCAAGGUUAUAGGAGAGGUCAAGGACAUAGAGGGGGUCAUAAGCAUGGAUAUGACAGAGAACAAGAAAAAAAUUAUGAUAGGCAAUUUGAUCAUGGACAUCAAAGAGAUGCUGGAUAUGAGAGAAGUCAAAGGUAUGAAAAAGGUCAAGGUCGUGGAUAUGGUAGAGGCCAAGGUCAUGGCUAUAAACAAGGACAGGGUCAAAGAAGUGAAAAGGGUCAGAGGACUGAAAGAUAUGGAUCGCCAGUUCAGGAUAAAGAUCACAGACACACAAGAGAUGGGGACUUUGGUGAAAAACAUAGGGAAAAUUAUUAUAAAGAAGGGAAAUCAAGUAAGUUUGAAAAAGGAAAAGACAAGACAAGUGAUGGUACAAGCGAAAUAUUUCAUAAAAAAUUAAAAGAUGUUCAAAGAUCGAGAAAGAGUUAUGAAAGUGAUGGUAAUUUUAAUGUGGAAAAAUUUGAUCAGAACUCGCACCCAACUCACAAGGCGGAGAAAGCAAGAGAGAUAUCUAGUAAUAGCCAAGAUACAGACAGUGGGGUGGUAGAGAGAAAAAGUAAAGCCUAUAGUUCUGAUCAAGACUUCUUUGAAAAGAACUUUGCAUCAUUUAGUAAAAAAUCGACCAAUAAGCAAGAUGUGACAGAAAUUGAUCAUUGGAGAGGCGAACGAGGCACUAAAGGGCACAACGAGAGACCUAAAAGUGGCCACCAGGGGUCUAAACACAAUCAGCAUCACACAGAGGAUCAAAGAAAGGGUCAAAAUAAGAAAGGGAGCAAGUAUGAUGGCUCUGAUCAACAAAAAGAAAAUACACGUAACAGAGAGGAGUAUCAGUAUGGCCGAGACCGUGCAGACAGGAAACCAAAUAAUCCCAAUAAAAAGGAUAGUAGACAAGGUCAGAGAAAUAGUCCUAGGGAUCACAAUGCAGGCAAAAGUGAAAGUAGAAAAGGGCGUGACUAUCGUGACGAAGGAAUUACACAAAGCACUGCUGCAGGAAGUAGGAAGGAAUUUGUCCCCAAAACCAAAGAGAGGGAACAUAAAAACUCUAAUGGCGAGAGUACAGAAUCUUUCACAAAUCAGAUCUGUCAAGCGGUAGUGGAAUGGGAUCGGAGAACGAUGUCUGAUACCAUGAGCGAGACGAGCGACGACAUCUGUUUUUCGGGCGAGACUAGAAGUAACGCUAGCGACGUGGAGUUGCCGAGGAGACAAGAUAAGGAUAAGUCUAUUCAUUACAAACCAAUGAGGAAGCAGAACUUGCUAUAUCAGCACCAACAGCAGAACCAGAAGGGACACAGCAAGAAGAAACAGGUGCUGCUCAGAACAGCAUCGGGGAAAGUGGACGAGAGCCAGAGAGCUCUACUGAUAGAACAGCUGACAGCGGGUACGUACGAGUGUAUGGUGUGCUGUGACACGAUUCGCGGACAGAACGCUGUGUGGAGCUGUAACGGAUGUUAUCACAUCUUCCAUCUUCGCUGUAUCAAGACGUGGGCCAAGUCGCCCACAGCUCGCAUUGAAGGCGUGGACAACGGAUGGAGAUGCCCCGCAUGUCAAAACACGUCCGACAAGAUUCCUAAUCAGUACCGCUGUUUUUGUGGAAAAUGCCGGGACCCUGAAUGGAACCGGAUGGAAACGCCUCACAGCUGUGGAGAAGUGUGCAAGAAAAAUCGUUCAGCAAGAUGUAAACAUCACUGCAACAUUCUUUGUCAUCCGGGUCCCUGCCCACCCUGCAAUGCUGUGGUCACCCGCCAGUGUCUGUGUGGCAAACAGAGUCAGUCGAUGAAGUGCAGCAGUGUAGAAAUCUUCAAGUGUUCCAGCGUGUGUGAGAAACAGCUGAACUGUGGCAAGCACUUCUGUAAGGAGAUCUGUCACGAAGGCCCCUGUGACCCCUGUACAGAGGUCAUCAAACAAGAGUGCUAUGGCAGUCAUGAAUCAAGGGAGGUAACAUGUGGCAGCAGCGAGUCCUUCGCCGAGUCCUACAGCUGUGGCAUCAAGUGUGACAAGACACUGGGUUGUGGUAACCACAAGUGUGAAGACACCUGUCACCCCGGGUCUUGCCAGUCCUGUACACUCCUCCCAGAGGCCAUCACCACCUGCCCCUGUGGGGCAAGGGACCUGGCCGACCUCAGCCCCACCCCCAGGCAGUCCUGUCUUGAACCCAUACCCACAUGUGGGGGAAAAUGUCGCAAGCCUCUGAAGUGUGGGCCUUCAAAGAAGCCGCACAUUUGUGAGCGUAAAUGUCACGAGGGGCCCUGUGGAUCAUGUGACCUAACAACAGAGCUGACCUGUCGCUGCACAAAGUUCAAGAAAGAGUUCCCUUGUACCGAGGUCAUGAAGUUGAAAGACCGGGUGUUCCUGUGUGAGAGAAAGUGUAACAAACUGAGGUCCUGUCAGAGACACAAGUGUGGGCAGCACUGCUGUGUGUCAGAAGACCAUGCCUGUAAUUUGAUUUGUGGGAAGAAACUUCCGUGUGGUCUACACAGGUGUGAGGAGCCUUGUCACCGCGGCAACUGUCCACCAUGUCUAAUGGCUAGUUUUGACGAGCUGCCUUGUCACUGCGGGGCUGAGAUCAUGUACCCGCCCAUUCCCUGCGGGGCGAGGCCGCCCGAGUGUCACCAGCUGUGUAACCGUGUUCACGCCUGUGAUCACGAUGUGCAACAUCGAUGUCACAGUGAUGAGAAUUGUCCCCCUUGCACAGCUCUGACUGAGAAAUGGUGUAUGGGAAAACAUGAGAAAAGGAAAAACAUCGCUUGUCACCGAGACAACAUAUCAUGUGGUUUACCCUGUAAUAACGAGUUACCUUGCGUACAACACAAAUGUACCAAAGUCUGCCAUAGCGGUCCCUGUCAGGCCGAGGGGGAGACGUGUCGACAGCCGUGCCACAAGAAGAGGGCAAAUUGCAGUCACCUGUGUAUGACCCGUUGUCACGCCGAUGAUCCGUGUCCGUCCAUCCCUUGCAAAGCAGAGGUGAAGAUAAAAUGUAGCUGUGGAAACAGAGAAUCCAUGGUAACCUGUCAAUCAUUGGACAACAAAGAGUUCAAAAGUAAGACCAUGCAGUCAAUAGCCACAUCCCUGGGGGCUGGACAGAGUGUGGAUAUAUCACAUCUGACCUCCGGCAAGAAGGCCAAAAAGCCGAACAAUGUCCUGGAGUGUGACGCAGAGUGUGCUCUCAUUGAGAGGAAUCGGCGGUUAGCUCUGGCCCUCGAGAUCAAGAACCCUGACCUCGGGAACAAGCUGGGUACACCCUCGUUCUCAGAUUUUCUCAAGGAUUUUGCCAAAAAAAAUCUUCAUUUUGUUGGAGGUGUUGAGAAGAACUUCAAUGAUUUGGUGCAGAAUGCCAAAAAGGCAAAGCAGGCAUAUCGGUCGCACUCUUUUCCGUGCAUGAACCGUGACCAGCGGAGACUGAUCCACGAGCUGGCCGAGUGUUACGGAUGUGAGACUCAGAGUUACGAUUAUGAACCAAGCAAAAACGUGGUGGCCACAGCUCACAAGGAUAAAUGCUGGCUACCUAAUGUGACCUUGACCUCGUACAUCCAGAGAGAACUUCACCCCAAGGCCCCGGUCCCAAUCCCCCACAGAUACAAUGAGACAACAAUCAGAGAAUCUGCUUUAGCUGCAAAACAUAGCUGCGAGGUGCUGAAGGACAAACCGAUAGAACGGGUUCAGAGGUCAAAUAACACCAAGGAGACGACCCCGACCUCUAAAGUGAUUGAUUACUUUGACUUUUCCACCCAGUGAGCAGUGCCAUUGAACUGAAAGUCCUUACAUUUACUUUUCAGGGAAUGUUUCAUUUCUUGUAUGAUUGCAUAUACUGUUCCUUAGGUUUGGUGUUCGAUUUUUUUUUUUCAAUUUUGUGAUAAAAGAGUAUUUUUCUUUAUUAUAAGAAAAUUAAGUACUCUAGCACAAGAGUCUUUGCAAGAGGACAAAAAAGUGCUAUAUGAAUAUCUAUGCAUUAUUAAAAAAAAGUUUUAAUACUUUCAAUUGUAUGAAAUUUUUUUUGUCAAGUUGUGAAAAAAAAAAAAUUUAUUUUGCAGUGAAUGUGCAAUAAAUUAAAAUACAAUAAUCACAUUAAUAUAAGAAAGCAUAUUAGUUAAUAAUUAUACAGUGAUACACCCAUAUAACGAAGUGCCAGGGAUAGGCGAUUUUGCUUCGUUAUAAAUCUGUCAAGUUUAUACAUGUAUUAUGCAUUAAAGCAUAUUAGUAAAUAAUUAUACAGUAAAACACCCUUAUAAUGAAGUGCCAGUGAUAGGCGAUUUUGCUUCGUUAUAAAUGUAAUUCGAUAUAUCUGUCAAGUUUACAACAUGUAUAAAAGUCACAGGGAAUGAAAAUCACUUCACUAGUACUGUAAUUGUCAAUUCAUUAUAAGCAUGUUCGCUAUAACCAUGUUUUACUGUAUAUCAAAAUCAAAAGACUGGGCAUUGUAUUACAAAAUAUUUUAUGUAUAUUUGAUAUCAAUACAAAUUUUUAAUUUUUUUUUUUGGGGGGGGUGGGGGGGGGGGUGUUAAACUUACUUAUUCAAAAUGUACUUUAUGGUAUAAAAAAUUCAAAAGAGUACAUUUAAUGUAGUUCCUUUUACUUUAAAUUAAAUGACAGUUUUAUGUAUACUGUAAAUUCCUUAUUUCCUUACGUGAGUACUUCAUUCCGCAAUUCCACUGUUCUGUAUCAAAUUGCGAGAAUAUAUAAUCGCAAUCACCAAUGUUCUGCAAUAAUUUACUAUAGUUCAAAACUGUCUGAAAAAUAAAAGCGAGAUUAUAAAAUCUGCGAGGGUUGCCUCUUGCGAUUUUAUGCGGAAAUUAAUUCCUCACGUUUAAAUAUAAUCUACAGUAUUGGAAAAUUCAUGUCAAAUUGAGACUAUCUAAAUUUGAUAGAAAUUGAAAGUCUUCUGAUGAGUAUGUUCUUUUAAUUGAUAAUCUAUAUUCUUGAAUUUAUAUUUAAUAGCUAAUUUAAAAAGAUAACAACUGAAGGUUUUAAAUAGAAAAGAAUCAGAGGAAUCUUAAUUAGUGGGAAUGAAUCUUGUUAUGAAGACAAUUAUUAGAAUAUUUCAUACUUAUUAGUGAAUUAAUCAACAGAGUGCUUCUGACUGGGAAUCGGUGAUAUGGUAUCAAGUAUGUUGUGUCAGAUGCAUAAUAUACGAUUUACAGUAGUUUCCUAAUUAUAUGAGAAGAAUUAGUAUCCGUGUAAAAAUCGCAAUAACCACAUCUCGCAAAUUCUAAAAUCUUGCUUUAAUUUUUUUGGAGAGAUGUUAACUACGGUAAAUGAAACAGUUAUCUAGUAUGCUGGUCCCCAUAUUGAAUAUGGCACCAAUGUAUAGGCCGUCGUAGAAUAAACCUAAAGUCAAAAAAGUCUCAUAAAAAAUGCUAAAUAAGUUUAUUUUAUCAUAAAACUCUUAAUCCUAACCCUAAUCACAGGGGAAAUAAAAUCCAUCCCUGGCUCUGAAGCGAGCGCCAAAAUGAUAACUAUUUACCAGUUGCAUAGCAAUGUCAAUGGAGACUACUCAUCAAGUCAAGCAUACAAGAAACUCGACUUUCACAUUUUAUAAUCUUGCGAUUUGAUGCAAAACAAUGGAACCACGGAAUAAGGCAUGCAAGUAAAAUAAGGAAUCUACAGUAGCUGUAAUUGUACAGGCGUACAUGUAAUUUUGCUUGCUGGUCUGAUGUGUGCGUCAUGCAUUUAUUGAGCGAAAGAAAAGUAGACUUUUACAUUUUGUUAAUUGUUUGCCAAUGAAAAGCUGAUGUUUAUUUACCAGAGUACAUCUGCUUAGUACUAUAUGUAACAUUUGAGUGUCUUAGCUCACCUGUGAUGUAAAUUAUUGAACACUUUAUAAAACAUGAAUGAGGUUAUGAGAACUCUUAAAAUCAUAACUUUUCCGAUCAAAAUAUGUCUGCGUGAAGUUGUUUGGCUAUACAGUCAGUGGUCGAAAGGGGUGAAAAACAUGGGACAACACAGAAUCAUCAAAAUUAUUAUCUGGAAAUUCAAUAUGGGCUGGGUAAAGCUUGAUAUAAAGUAAUGGUAAGUAAGCCAGGUAAUAUGUUGAAGCUUCAAAUUGUCUAUACAAUAGUUUCCUUGAUACUAGAAAGGGGUUAUGUAUACAUGUAUUGAUAUACAAAAUAAAUGCAGUAGUUUGGACGACAGUGACUUUCAUUAUACAUGUAUUAAAAAGCUAGUUAAUAACUCGGCUCAAAAUUUGAACCUUGUUGCACGGGUGAGCGAAGUGGUUUAUGAGCCUCUCAUAAUAAAUUACUAGAUAGAUUGAAUUAGUUCAUAUUUUUGAUACCGGUAUAAUAUAAACAUAGCCAUUAAAUUUUUUAUCUAUUGUUACACAACUGUAUUCAAAAAAAAUAUUUUUUCCUAGUUAGUAUAAUGUACUGGUAUUUAUUACAGAAAUAGAGAAUUUGUAUUCUUAGAUUAUGUAAGCAGUAAUCUGUAUUACCGUAUGUAAUUAGUAAUAUGUUUCAAUUUUAAGAAGGAAAAAAUUAUAUUUGAUUUAUUUUUUUCAUUAGGAAGUAUAUCACAAUAUGGAUGUGUCCCAUACCACUUUUAAAAGAGAAAACUAGAUUUCAGCACUGUCAGUUAAUUGUCUAAUGUCCUCUCCUGAUGAGCUCUGUAAUUUAUUUUUUUACUGGGAUAGUUCUGUCAUUUUGGGUUCAUGGAAAAGUUCAACAGUGCCAUGCAUACCAAUGUCAUAAAAAUAAAGUUGUUACAAUCUC